AAGUUUGCAUUGUCGGUUUGUCUACUAUUAACAUUCAUCACACGUAUGCUGUGGCAAACUGAUGUCUUGCGACUCCUAUCGGCGGCUGCGAGACUCGUUCAUCCAAAUCCAAGGAACUCGAGCUCCGUUGUGUUGUCCACGGCAACCGACUCACAUUAUCGCCGUCAUUAUUGUUUAUCAACAAGGGAAUCGUGGAUUUUAACGGGUCUCUCUGCAGCGAUGUCGAAACUAAAGCUUAUAUCUGCAGAGGACACUCAGUACCCAGCAUCAUUGUUGAAGUCCAUCAGUGAGCAGCGAAACAAUGGUUUAUUCUGCGAUGUCACAAUAAUCGUCCAAGACCGCAAGUUCAAGGCACACAAAACGGUGCUGUCAGCCUCGAGCAACUAUUUUCGCCAACUCUUCUCUGUUGCCGGACAAGUCAUAGAGCUGAACUUCAUCAAGGCAGACAUAUUUGAGGAGAUCUUGAAUUACAUAUACACCUCAAAAAUCUUCAGGGUUCGAUCUGACAAACUCGAGGAUCUCAUCAGCGCUGGGCAGAUUUUGGGUGUGAAGUUCAUAGCCAAUCUAGGAGUUCCACUUUCACAAGUCAAGGGAUUACCUGGAUUGUCCAAAGAUGGCGACAACAGCACUGUUAAUUCUUCAGGGAGAAGUGAAUCUGGAGCAGAGCCACACAUGCCAAUCAUUACCGAGUCAUUCUCACUAUCUGCCGAAGAGUUUAACAUGGGAGUCAGUGGUGUGGAAAAGGAAAUAGACUCAGACAAUGAUGAUGACAUUGUUUUUGUAUCAAAAACUGAGGCUCCGCAAGCUCAGAAGACUAAGAUAUCUGAAAUGAACAACACGGCGUCCGAAGGAGGGCCGCAGGCCAAAAAACAAAAAGUGAUGAAUGAGGAAACAACCGGCUCUAAAGCAUCAACAGGGCAUGAGGAAAAUGACAACACCUCUUCUGUGUGUAAAAAUCUUCCAGUCCAAAACACUCUUCCAGGUCCUGUGAUACCUAUUGAAACUGGCAACAGUAUUCUCACUUCACCUGUAAGGGCCAAUUCAGAUAUUGAGCCCACCACGCCGACCUUCAUUAACAGUCCGACACCAGAUCCUAACUGCACCUCUCCGUCUCUCGAAAACAAUGACGUGGUUGUUGUUCAUAAAAAGAAAGUUCUUCCAGAUCAUUCCGGAAAAAUCAAACUGUCAGAUGUGAGGCAAAUCUGUAACACCAAUAAUGGACCAGGAGGUAAAAUAAGUACCAGCCCGGCAGCGGUUUCUGCCAAAAAGACAAUAACGUUAGACAAAGCCUCGGAAAUUGAUUCACUAUCGCCGGGUUGUAAAGUGUAUGCCAACAUAGGUGAGGACACCUAUGAUAUUGUUCCCGUAAAGGACGACCCAGGGGAGGGAGUCGCCCCUGGGAGAAAAUCACAAAUGCCACUCGGAGCAGACAGCAUGAUCAAUUACUCACCCAAAGGAAAGCGAAAGAUUAAACAAGACCAGGAGGAUCACUAUGAACUCGUAAUGGACGGAAAAACGUUUUUCGUGUGCGUCGUGUGUAAACGUCCCUACGUGUGCCUGACAAGUCUUAGGCGUCACUUUAACACCCACUCGUGGGAGAGGAAGUAUCCGUGCCAUUACUGCAACAAGGUUUUUGCUCUGGCCGAAUACAGAACGAAACACGAAAUCACUCACACGGGGGAAAGACGGUACCAGUGUUUACUGUGCAACGAAACGUUUCUCAAUUAUCAGAUUUUAUCGAAUCACUGCAAGCAAGUUCACAACCAAGCCCCUUCGGGAAGAAAAGAGAAAGAUGACUCCUGCAACAAUCUGUACCGUCUUCUGCCUUGUAAAACAUUGCAGCUGAAAUCAUAUUCCUUUGUCUCGGACGAUUCCGAGGGAAUGCCACUGAUCAUGGAUGAUGGAACCGUUCAACAUGGUAUCCCAGAUGAAAAGCACUUCACAAACCAAGCACCCUCAUCUCCCCAAAACAAAACGCUGACCUGGGAUGACAUUUUUGCAGAGUCUGAGUCACAAACCAGACCUCCUCCGGCUGCCGAUGUUCAAGUUGAACCGCCUCCACGACCCGCAAACCAAAUUAGCAGUGAAAGCACAACAGAAUUUGAGUUUGUAAUACCAGAGACGUACUGAGCGAGGUGUGCACUGCUCUGGCUUAGGUGCCUUGUGUUCUUAGUGGGCCUUUAAUAUGAGCUUUGAGGUUUUUUGGACCAGUUUAUUGAUCUAAACUUCAGUAUCAGUUCAUACAUCAAAUUGUUUGUGCUUUUCGUUUAUGUAUAUUUAGAAUCACAUAUUAGAAUUGGUUUACGGUUCACAGCUCAUCAUUGAAUCCCGGUAAUGCCUUGUUAGAUUAGGUAGAUAGAUACAUAUGUUAUGUACAGUUCUUGUACAUUAGACCUAACAUUUGAGCUGACAUUUCUUCAUUUCUUAAUGCUUUUUCUGUUUUGUUUUAAGGACAGCACCAAUAUGUUGGAUGUCAUUUGUGGGGAUCAAUUACAGACGGUUGCAUUUUUUUUAUUGUUUUUUUUUUACAUCCAUGGAACUAUAAUGUGUAAAUGAUUUCUCUGAGAGUGAUACAAAUAAUGAGCCCAUGUCCAAAAGUGAAAGUGAUGUACCCAAGUCAACAUACUAACUACAUUAUUUCUUUUAUUUUUAGUACUUUGUGCAGUUAUUAAAGGGACAUUCUGUCAUCAUUUACUCACCCUUAUGUUGUUCUUAACAGAGACUUAACCAGAAAAGAAGAUAUUUUUUAUAAAUGAUGAUAACCACACAGUUGACAGUACUCAGUAGCCUCUUUCACACAGUAAUUUCGGUAAAUUACCAUUAAUUUACCAGUAAAUACAAAAAAUGUGCUGUUCACACACACGCAGUGACGUUACGUCUUUUUACCAGUAGGACAUCAUUCAUACAUUAGUAUCAAAAUAUCGGUAAACUCGGAGAGAAAGCGGAAGUUACCUGUGGCGCGCAACGAGCUCAGUGUUGUAUUGGUAAACAACGGCGGGUUAUGACUUCAUAUCCACGGUUUGUAUUUUUGUAUUUUUUUUUCACAUCUGUGGCAAAAAUCUGUGGCUCGUGACCAAACAACAUUGCAUUAGGCGACGUCAAACGAAACCUGCGUCUUAAACAACACUGUUUGCACAUUAGGUUUCACAGAGGGUUUUAAACAACUUUGGUGAAGAAAUGUGGACGUUAACUUCAGGUGUGCUCGACGUUUAAGCAGAGUGUGUGUGGAAACGUCAGUGCGCGUGCGGGGGUAAACGCGUCAUCUGUAUCAAGGCACGAAGCUGUCAGCGCGGUCUGACGUCGUCCGUUAUAAAUGCUGGUAAUCUAUAUUUUUUGUUCACACAUAGCGCUUACCGGUAAAUUACUGGUAAUCUUACAACUAGGGCUGGGUAUUGGCAAGGGCCUCACGAUACAUGUGCCGUGAUACAAUGUAUCGCGGUACGAUACAAUACGCUGCAUGUUGCGAUACAUUGCAAUGAUUUUUCUUUUUGUUUUAAAUAACAAUGUAAAAAAGACGGAUUUUUUGUAACUUUUUUUGUCAAAGCCAAAGUGCGUCUACACGAAAGCUGCAGGUGUUUUUAAAUUUACUGCCAUAUUUUCACUCCCGCUAACUUCUGAGACAUUGGCUGAAUGGCCGUAUAUGACAGAUAACUGGACAGCGACAACAACAGCGGUGGAGGAGGUCGUUUGAUGCACACAGUGGGAUUAUACAUUUUUUAAAUACCGAUAGUAGAGAUCGAAAUAUGGAUACACUAUCGUGGAAAAAAGUAUCACGAUAGUUAACUGUAUCGAUAUUUUUGCACAGCCUUACUUACAACCUCUCUUACUGAUAAAUUGGCAGCACUGAUUUAUCAAAAAGGUUCUGUUCACACAUGACCUGUUAACUGCAAUUUACCAGUAAAGACUAUGUGUGAAGAGAACUAUUGAGAGUAGGAAACACAAAUACUGUGGAAGUCAAUGGUUCCCCAGAUCUGUGGUUAUUAACAUUUUUAGACUUUUAUCUUUAUUUGUGUUCAGCAAAUCAAAGAAGUUUAUACAGGUUUAGAACAACUUGAGAGUAAGUAAAUGACAGAAUAUUAAUUUAUCUGUGAACUAUCCCUUUAAUGAUUGUUUGGCGCUAAAUGCCUAGGUGUACAUGGCAGGUUCUGAUCCCGCUAUGAGUAUGAGCUAUAAAUAUGGGUUUGAAUGUUUGUAUUUAUAGUUUGAUAUCACGUGAAGGAUGAAGUAAAUAUGUAAAUUGUUUUAGUAAUCUGUCCAUCAAUUACGUUUUUAACAUUGUGAAGGUUUAUUUAUAUGCUGGCCAUAUAUCCACACUAAGUUUCUACCUACAGCAUAAACAUGAGGACCUAUCGUUGUCUGGAGAAAAGGAUGUCAAGGCGAAUUUUCAGGGGUUCAUAUUUGUAAUUCAGAGGACCUCCCUAUUACAAUUUAUUAUUUUGUAAAUACAGUAUAUUUUAUUUUUUCAGCAUAGUUUUGUCGCUUAAUAUGUUAGGAUUUGUAGGCUGUGGGAAGAAUCUGUAAGUACAAUAAGAUUCCUUCAGUUUGUCAGAAUGCAGAUGUUUUAACACCAUAAUCGUGUACAUAACAAUACUAAAGAUAUUCAUCUUAACAGUUUCUUCCUUUUUUAAAAAACCUAUUUAUUAUUAGGUCUAGUGUGAUAUAGAAUGAAAUAAAACUUUAAAGAAAGUAUA